AUGAUGGGCUCUACAGCAAUGGAUCCUCAUCUUUCACACUCCGAGGCCUCGUCCUCGCCGCCAGACACAACCGAGAAUCGUCCACAGCCAGCAAAGCGAACUGCUGCUGAUGCAGGCUUGAAGCCCAAUGGCAUGCGACCUACCAAGAGCGUCAAGAGAAGAGCAUCAAAGGCAUGUCAGUGUUGUCGCGCACGCAAAGUUCGUUGCAACGUAGUCGAGCAUGGUCCUCCAUGUACGAACUGUCGGCUAGACGAAGUCGAGUGCAUCGUAUCCGAAAGCAAGCGCAAAAAGAAAUGGUCGAACAGUGGCAUUGAAGAGUCGCCACAUCAGGCCAAGGGUGGACUGCCUUUCAAUUCUACAAUGUUCCCAAUGUCGGCACAACCGCCCUAUGAGCCACUGAAACGCCCCGAGCAUGUCCCACACGCGCUGUAUCAAGACUUGGGGAGGGACAUCAGCCUGCCAAGCAAUCAAUCAUCUAGGCCAUCGAUGUACAAUCCGGACAUGAUGAUGAACAUCCAACGAAUAGGCCACAAGCCUUCUGUGUCUGAGCCGACACCCUUACUUUCCAGCUUGAUGCCACCGACAAUGCCGACGUACUCUUUGCCGCUCUACAUCAAGCCUCUUCCAUCGAAGCUCGAUCUGCAGGACAUCGUGUACCUGGAGAAGAAGGGUGCCCUGACGAUUCCAGCCUCUGGAUUUCGUGAUGAGUUGCUCAAGAGCUUCGUGGAGUUCAUCUAUCCGUAUAUGCCGCUCCUGAGCGUGCACGACCUCGUGGCUACCAUAGACAGCAACGACGGUACUUCUUCCGUCAGCUUGCUCCUGUUCCAAGCAAUCAUGUUUUCAGGCAUUGCGACUGUCGACAUUCGUUAUCUGAAGGCCGCAGGAUAUGCUACGCGUAGAGAUGCUCGGCGUGACUUCUUCCAGAGAACGAGACUGCUCUACGACUUCGACAUCGAGAUCGACCGUAUCUCAUUGAUUCAAUCCCUCUUGCUAAUGACAUAUUGGUAUGAGACGCCCGAUGAUCAGAAAGACAGUCACCACUGGAUGGGCAUUGCAGUGUCUUUAUCGCAUACGAUCGGUCUGCAUCGCAACCCGGAGAAAUCAGUUGCGAUGGAUAGCUCGAGGAAGAAGCUGUGGAAGCGGAUCUGGUGGUCGACAUACAUGCGCGAUCGCCUUGUGGCGCUGGGCAUGCGCCGACCGACACGAAUCAAGAAUGCUGAUUUCGACGUCCCAAUGCUGGACAUCAACGAUUUCGAGGUAGCUGUGCUUCCCGAAGGACCAUCCUGCAUGCCUGCAGACUGCAAAACUCUGCGCAACGCAGCCUUGCAGAGGCAGCUCGCUGUGAUGUGCAUUGAAAGUGCCAAGUUGUGCAUAUGCAUGAGCCACGUGCUAUCAGUGCAGUACUCGGUGCUGAACAACAAUCACGGUGUGCUGAGCGAAGAAGGCAGCACCAAAACGACAAUGCAUCUCGUGGCGAAGAAAUGGGAUCCAGAGCUCAACGAGGUCCAGGAUUGUGACCAGGAAUUGCAAGAUUGGAAAAAAGAGCUGCCUGAGGAGGCCAAAUAUGUUGUGCCGUCGUGGCAUGACGUGGAUUCUGGCAACGAGAGCAUCGUGCUCAAUCGGUCCUUGUUGCACAUGAUAUACAAUGCGACGCUCUCAGCCUUGCACCGACCGCAGGUACUGCCUUCGACGGCAAUGCCAGCUCGAACGGCGCAGUCUGACAUGCUCGAGCAUUCUCGCAAAGCUGUUCGCACGGCAGCCAGCGAGAUCACGAGUAUUGCGUACGGGCUGUUCAAUCUCGACAUGGUCCGAUUCUUGCCAACCACGGGAAUCUCUGUACUACUACCAGCGAUCAUAAUCCACCUCCUUGACAUCAAGGCGCCCGACGAAGCCACACGACGGUGGAGCCUCCAAGGCUUCUGCCAAUGCAUGCAAAUCAUGGGCAAGCUGCGAGACAUUUACGCCGCGGCAGACUACUCGACAGCCUUCCUCGAAGCAGCCAUCCGAAAAGCUGAAAUCACACUACCUCAAAAGUCGGACGAAGUGAAAGAGCCGAGAAACGUGAUCACAUCGGCACAAGGGCUAGUCGACGCUGGACGAAGGAUGCACCUCUUGCCAGCAGCUCCCGAGUCUGGUGCGUUGACACCACCGCCGGAUGAAGCCAGGCCGCAACAGCGUGAGAAGGACCCGCUCACCGACGACGAUAUCGCGCGAAAGCUGAAUUGUUAUCUAGCUUCUACGCCUCCCGACUCGGAGCAGCAUGAUGCGCACGAGCAGCAGAUGGAGCUCGGCGGACAGAUUGGCUUGCAUGCUGAAUUUGAGCCUGAUUUCGACUCGCUGAUUAAUCUCGACGCUGCGGGCGAUGUGUGGGCGUUGGAGGAUGGCACACACGCCAGCACCGCGCCUCCGCCAGCACCUGCACCCGUACCUGCAUCGCCGCCCGCUCCCAAGUAUGGGCUCCUCCUGAACGAUCGAGCCGAGCACCACCACCAUCACCAUCAUCACCACCACCACCACCGCCGCCCAUCCGAGGCCCAUCACAGUCUGAGUCCUGACGUCGUCCGCCAACCACCUCCGCGAACACCGGCAAGCCUGAGGAGCAUAGACACUAGGGACACCAGGGACACCAGGGACACCGGCUCUGAAUACUACACUGCUGCUUGGGGCUCUCCCUACGAGUUCUCGCCAUCCCAAUUCUCCCGAUCCGCACGCACUGCCGUCUCUGAGCAGGCCGCCAGCGAGGAUCCAAACGAGCUGUCGCCAAGUCCCAGCUUUGGUCUCGAGCAUCUUGUGCCCAGUCGAUUGAGCGACUUGAGUCUGCCCCAGCCCGGACUGUCUGCACUGGGCAUACAGAUAGAGGACGUCUCCGACCCGGCCAACACACCGCGCUCUCGUACACAGCGUUGGGUGCAGCUGCCGCAGCGCGAAGAGCAUCCGGAGCGAGCGCAUUGGUGGAGUGACGAGUCGGCACAUAGUCGAUCAGAGAGUGAAGGCAGACCUCGAGCACCAUCUUCAUCGAGCUCCAUCCACGGCCCUGGGCUCCGUGCCGGCCGGUUGGGACAUAAGCCACGUGAGGCUAACCGAACGUUGGACCAGCAGUCUUUUUGGAAUACGCUUCGGGAGAAACGAUCGAGCGACAUGGCCACUCUGUUUGAUUCGCGCUGGGCGGCGACCCUACCGCCUGAUGUUGACUCCUCGCUGAAGCGAGCACAUGAAGAGAAGCAGGGAAUGUUGAGUUCAAGAUGGGCCGACGCAGACGAAUCAGAAACUUUACCUGCGCAGCCAAAUCCAGAUGCUUCGCGUGCGCAGAAGUCGGUUGAUGGAGUAUUUGCAUCGAGAUGGGCAGACACGCCUGAGCCUCAGGAGUCGGAGCAGCAGAAGCAGCUUGGCGCGCAGGACGUUGUGGGCAAGACAGAGUCUACAGGAGCAAAUAGACUGCCGGAAACGCAGAACGAGGUGGAAGAUAAAGUGUCCGUCUUGAAGCCAGCCGCAGGUCCAACGACUGCGACGGGUGACCCAUCAGGCGUGUCCAACGCGACAGAUGCCACUGUCCAGCCUGUGCAGGCCUACAUCGGUGCGCCGCCUACCUCUCCCACACGUCUGCAGCCUCCACGGCUGAAGAAACGCGUAAGCUGGCGAGGCAAGAACAUUGUCAUCUCGAUACCACGACUUGAUUUUGGAGCGACUGGUCUUGCCGUACCUAUGAGUGACUCCGAGAUCCGGGAUCGGAUGCAACAUUUUCGUGACGCUGGAUACGACACCAACGGACAUGAUCUAUUGCACGAUAUGGGCGAGAGCGAUGGCCCAGCUCAGGUCAAGUCUAUCUUUCCAGACGAGUCGGAAGCACGCAUCUUGCCGUCCAAGGAUCAAGUCAAGGUGCUUCUCCCGGACCUCGAAAGAUGGAAAGCCUAUACAGACUGGCUCACGGAACAAAAACUAGCAGCGCUUGGGGUCACAUUAGGCUUCGACGAGCCGCCGGCUCAAACCCCAGCUCAGGACAUGUCGCGACAAUCGUCUACACAAUACCCUCCUCUGCCUUUCUCGCCUCCGAUCCCCUCGACGUCGGCCGGCAGCAUGGGACGGCCGCCAAUGGCACGAGGACACUCGCAUACAAUGUCUGUGGCUGCACCCAUCUCACCUCUCCACGGUCCUUAUGGUCAUAUGCACAGACACUCAACGUUCACUGGUGCCAUCGGGCUUCCUCAGCUACAGCCGCCGCAACCACAUUCUCCGGGGUUCCCUGGCUUACAGCAAUUCUCCCCACAGCACCAAUUUGGGAUGUCAGGCAUGCCGCGUGGCGGCUCGCCUGCCCAGAUACCUGCCUUCCGGCAAGAUCUUGGAUCUAUUCGUGGGCCGGGGUCUCCUCUCAGUCACCAAAUGCUGCCUCAAUCACCCCAAGACUACAGUCGCGGCAUGAUUGAGGAUCAGAGGCGCAGACAGCAUGCUUACUCUCAGUCUAUGCAGCAGCCAAUGAUGUCUAAUACUUUCGUUUCUCAAGGCUCGAGCUUGCGCCCCACACCGGCGUUGCCAGAGCUGCCGGAAGAUGACGAUGAGGAGGAUCUAGAGGAGCCUGAUGCAUCAACGUAUGUGCCACCGCACAAGCGCUUCCAGGCUAAUCCCGAGAUUGCGGUGCCAACUCCAAGAGGCCAUCGUCACAACAUUAGCGAAGGCCUGGAGCGAGAGCUGUUGGAGGCCGAGCAACGACAAAAGACUGCCAGCCGAGACUAUAUUGAAGUCACAGAAGAAGGCGAUUCCACUGAUAGUAAAUCAAAGGCCUCGUCCAACGGCGUCCGCAAGAUUGAACCACCGAAGGCUGAGGAGAAGGAUCCGCUAGGCUCCGAGCAUCCUGUGCAAGUGACUGCACACAGCCAUAAGAAGAGUGCAUCACGGUUCAAUGUGGCCGCACCCGCGUUCACGUUCAAUCCAGGCGCCAACUUCCAACCUAGUGCCAACUUCCAGGCUGGGGCGGCAUUCCAGCCGCCACAGUCAACGUUCAGUUUCGGCGCUCCUGGCCCACAGACAAGUCAGCUUCCAGCUUCGACAUUCAGCUUUGGCGCUCCUGCUCCACAGACAAGCCAGCACCCAACGGCAAAUCAUAGGAGACAUCAAUCGUCGGGCUCUUUCAAUGCAAGUGCGCCUGCCUUCAAGCCCGCAAGCUCGGAAUUUAGCUUCUCAUCUGCUAGGCCUACCAUGGGGUCUAACGAUCCCAGCGCCGCCGCGAAGGACAUUGCCCAAGAGCGUGACAACAUUGUGGAUAAACUGCCAAGCAUAUUUGGGAAGGUUCAAAUUCCCGACAUUGUCAAACCAGCAAGGAGGUCCAAGGCGAUCGCGAUUGUGCGCCCCGAGGAACUCAAGUCUUCCGCGUCCGCCAGCGAACACGAGGAUGGUGAAGGCAGGGUUGCCCAAGGCGAGGCGAAGAGAAAACAAGUCAGGAAAGUCGAAGACGACGGGGAUGAUGUGCCACUCUUCGCUGAGCCUACACCGAUCCCUGUGACAGUGCCAGCAGAGAAAGUCCUGGGCUCCAACGACGGCCAGCCCAUGCCCACCGUGGCUGAGGUUUCAGGAGAGGAAGACGUCGCAGAUGAUGUCACCGAGAAGGACACGGACAUCAUCGAGGCUUCUACAGCACAGUCUUCUCUGAGUGGGCUAUCAGUCUCGAGCUCUGCGAUGCCUGCCUCUCAUGGGCAUAAACACUCCACCUCGCUUUCGGCGCUAGCGAGACCGUUCGAGCCUCCCGCAGCAAACGUUACCGAGGCGCCUGCUAGUCACAGCGGACAAGAUGAUACCGACUCCAUCAGUGAGCUUGAGGAAGGUGAGAUCAGGGAAGACGGACUGCCGUCCAUUCCGCCCGUUCAACCUGCGACCCAUACCACCGUUGGUAUCAAAGCCCAUGAUUUCGCGGGAGGACUGGUCACACCUCAUGGCCAAUCCGAGCACUCAACUGCGCAUGUCGACCAAGAAGAGCAACCUGAGCCAUCGUUCGACGAGAUUGACGCUGUCAUGCGCCGCAUGAACGAAGCGGGACCAGAUCUGGAGCCACGAAAGGAAGUAUCACCCGAGAGGUUACCAAGUCCUGGUUCGCACCCAAUGAAAGGAGUCACAUACCUGGCCGAAUGGUCUCGUAGCGAAGCUCCAAGUCCAAGCCCGCGACGACGACAACAACAACAGCACGAACCAUUCAUCGGUGCCCAACCCAAUAAUGGCGACCACGGCCUCAACGGAUGGCCAGAGAUUCGUCAGCUGAACAGGGCGGAAGAAGUGGCCACCAGUGACUGGUCCGGCGUAUUGUCUCCUCCAGAUGAAGACAAGCUACAACAACGGAGCGCCUUCUUCGACAGCCACAUUGACAGCGUGAUCGGGCGUGUUGUCGACCAGCGUCUCCAGCCACUGGAGGAGAGCCUGCGCAGCAUACACAACACUGUUGUUCGUCGCAACAGGUCUUCAGAUCUGAAGCUGCAGCGAAGUCCUUCGAACGUUGAAAGUGAUGCCGACGAUGAAGAUGAACUCUCUGAUGAGCGUGAACAGCGACCCAUCUCCCGCGGCCGAGACAAGCGCGUCGAUCAGAUCAAGGCGGCAGUGCUUGAGGCUUUGAGAGAACAAAGUCCAAUGCGGUCGCAAACAUCGCUCGAUCUCUCCGAGCUACACUCUGUCCUUGCCGACAUGAAAGUAUCUUUCGCGAGGGCAGCGUCAUCCAGCCUCGAGCUUGACGAUGUCCGCGCCGUGGUCGAGGAUUCUCUCAGUCGACAAAGCCAGGCAAUUGUUCCAAUUACGAUUGACGAAGGCAAGGAAUCUCAUCGGAGACAAGUCUCUGAGCUGGAAGGUCGACUCAAUGAAACUCUCGCCGGUGCACUCGAGGAGGCGAAUCACAGACGAGCUGUUGAGGAACGUGAAGUGGAGGCAAGACGACAGCUUCGAUUGGCCGAAGAAGAGAUCCACAUUCUGCGCAAUACGGCUCGCGACGACGAAUCACGAGUACGUGCCAUGGAGCAAGAACGUGAGGAUAUCCUAGGCCGUCUCGAUCGAGCUGAAGACUCGCGCCGGAUUGCCGAAGACAGGUUGGAGGAUGCUGAGGCAGAAAAGGAAGCUUUGCAGGCAACACUGGAAGAGUAUCGGGCGUCGAGCAAUAAGUGGCGUCAUGACAUUGACGACGGCAAGCGUUUGCGAGAAGAGCUGGAGUCCACCAUUGCGGCCAUGGAGCGGCAGAGCGAGGAGUAUCAGGACUCAACUCUAGGAAUGAAACGCCGCCUGGAAAAGCUUCAUGCUGACACUGCCACCGCGGCAGGACAACUGGCGAGCGAGAAAGCAGUCUGGAAAGCCAGAGAGGAAGACUACCGUGCCAAGAUCGAGACUUUGGAGGCUCAGAACAUGGUAUUGAGCAGAGAGCGUGCUCAGCUCCAAGACGAAGUGCGCAUUGUGCGCGCCAGCGCUGUGGAAGCCGCCGAAGUGCGACAUACUGUGGAGCACAUUCGAGCCACGAACACAUCGCUGGAUGAGAUGGUUCGCAAGCUGCAGGGUGAUGUGACUGAGCAGCAAGCUUUGGCGGCACGUUUCGAACGUCAGUUUCACGAUGCUCAAGAGUCUGGCAGGGCGGAGGUGCAUCGCACGCGGAUGUCGUUGGAGACCGAGGUGGAAGCCGCGAACCAUCAUGUCAACCUGGUCCGAGCAGAAUUGGAGUUGGAGCUCGCCAAAACACGUUCUGAACUAGAGAAUGUCAGGAUGGAAGCGGAGACUGCGAAAGAGCGUCACGAACAUUCGAUUGAGCAGGAAGAGACUGUCAGAAGGGAGGCUCUUCGUAAAGUCAACCAUGCGAACAGUGUAGCCUUGGACGAAGCCAGACACAAGUACGAGUCUGCUAUCCAGGAGCUGACCGCACAGCAGACUCGCGCGCUCACUCAUGCCAUUGAGGAUAAGAAUCGCGCAGAAGCUUUCCUUGGAGAGAAACUCUCGCUCUCCGAUGCCAAGGUCCAUCACCUCCAGGACAGAGUGGCGCACCUUGAGGAGAGACUCGAGGUAGCCAAGUCAGCAGCACAAGCUGCCGCACAAAGCGCCAAGAUCUCGAAGACAGCGGUACCACCAAGGGUCCUAGCGAGUGUGCCCGAGAAAGUCUCUCCACAGGCUCUUCGCGAAUCGAUAUUGGUGUUACAGGAGCAAUUGCAGGCUCGCGAGUCGGAAAUUGAGCGCCUGCAGGCUCAAUUCCAGACCGAAGGUGUGGCCAGGGUCAAGGAGCGCGACGCUGAGAUCACGUGGCUACGAGAGCUCCUCGAUGUACGAAGUGACGAGCUGAAGGACUUGGUCAACACCCUCGCCAAGCCGAACUUCGAUCGGGCCGCUGUGCGUGACACAGCCAUUCGGAUUAGUACGAACCUGGAGAUGGAGCAGCAGGAGAGAGACCGUUCUAGUCGAUCAGCGCAAAACCAAGCGCUCGGGGCCCAAGCAUUGUCCAGCAUUUCCAGCUUUGCGACACCCAAGCUGGCAUCCGCGUUUAACAAGUGGAGGGCCAGCAUGGAGCCCAAGGCACUCAAAGACAGCAGCUCUGUGCCUACAGCUCGGCAACGCCCUGAGCAACGCAGACCUGUCAGUCGCUCCUACACUCCGUCGAAGGCACCACCUAGGGCGAAUCCCGCAGACUAUUCCCUGGGACUCAUGACACCACCCGCCAGCAACUUGCGUAGUUCUCCUAUCCCGGGAGCUGCACCAACAGAGCCCCGACUCGAGAUCAGGAGUAACUCUGGAGAUUCUGCACUGAGCAUUGUCGAGCCACACAGGCCACGCAGCCGGCAUGCUUCCGGCACUUCGGACCGUCUAGGAAGUCCUCUGUUUCAUGAGCAGAGUUACGAUCACGACGCGGCAGACAAUGACAUGCAGCAAUUCGACGACGAUCUCGAAGACGUCGCAGACUCCGAACCACCAGCUUUCCGUAGCCUCGAGGCCGAGCUGGAAUCUCAGACUGUAGAGGGCGCCGAGUAG